AUGACGCCAAAAUCGACCUCUUGUCCUUUGGACCCCAUACCCUCUUGGCUUCUGAAAGAAUGCAUCGAUGAACUCCUUCCAACCAUCUGUGACAUCAUCAAUAAAUCACUCUCAUCUGGUAUAGUUCCGAACACCUUCAAAGAAGCACGUUUAAUGCCACUUAUAAAGAAAUCAUCUCUAGACCAGGAGAGCUUAAAGAAAUAUCGUCCGAUUUCCAACUUAUCCUUUAUCCGAAAGGUUCUCGAGAGAUGUGUUGCUGAUCAACUGACAGACCAUCUCGUGUCAAAUAACCUGCACAAAGAUCUUAUACCUUUACAUGAGUUUUCCGAAGAUCUUGCUUGCCGAUUCUCUGAAUUCUUUCGCAACAAGGCUCUCAAGGUUAAGAUUGAACUUGACAACGACUCAGAUAGUGCUAAUUAUAUGCAGGAGGAACGUGCUGACCUUCUGAAAGAAUGCAUCGAUGAACUCCUUCCAACCAUCUGUGACAUCAUCAAUAAAUCACUCUUAUCUGGUAUAGUUCCGAACACCUUCAAAGAAGCACGUUCAAUGCCACUUAUAAAGAAAUCUUCUCUAGACCCAGAGAGUUUAAAGAACUAUCGUCCGUUUUCCAACUUAUCCUUUAUCCAAAAGGUUCUCGAGAGAUCUGUUGCCGAUCAACUGAAAGACCAUCUCGUGUCAAAUAACCUGCACAAUAUUAUUGAUGCCCAUGAUGGAAUUGAGUUGAUGGUAUAUGCCGACGACACGCAACUCUAUAUGGUUUUCAACCCGUCUAACACAUCUUGCACAAUUACACAACUUGAAUCCUGUAUACAAGAUGUCAAGAAAUGGAUGGUCAUUAAUAAACUGAAACUGAACGUUAAUAAAACUGGAAUUCUUCACAUAAGAUCCAGGUUCUUGCGUCGCACUACGAAAAUGGAUCACAUUCAAGUCGGAUCAGAUCUUGUUCAUACAGUUUCAUCAGCACGCAAUCUCGGUAUUACAAUAGACGACAAGCUCAGUAUGUCAUCUCAUAUUAACAGUAUCUGUAAGGCUGCUAACUUUGCCCUCAGAAAAAUAGGUCAAGUGCGCAAGUACCUCGACAGAGCAUCCGCCGAAAAGCUCAUUCACGCAUUUGUCAGCACUCGCCUCGACUCCUGCAACAGCCUUUUAUACGGUUUACCUGACUGCGAGAUUGCCAAACUGCAGCAAGUUCAAAAUACCGCAGCAAGGAUCGUCACUCUGACAAAAAAGCGACACAGCAUAACACCGGUGUUAAGACCUUCAUUGGCUGCCUGUGUGUAA